CCAAAAAACUACACAUAAACAAAAAGAAAUCGGUAUUUACCAUCAACAAAUUGCCAGCGAAUCGCCUGAUUCCGCCCACCUCAUUUUUUAUACAGCUAUCUCUCUCAGAUCUCUCUCUCGAUCUCUCUCUCCCCCCGCAUAAACACACAUAUAUUUUAUUAUCUUCUCCCAGCUUUCAAUUUUUGAUCUGCAGAAAGAUGGAUUUCAUGAAGGUGUUUGAUCAAACUGUUCGCGAAAUCAAGAGGGAGGUGAAUUUGAAGGUUUUGAAGGUUCCGGAAAUCGAACAGAAGGUGCUCGAUGCAACUGAUGAUGAACCUUGGGGGCCUCAUGGUACUGUAUUGGCAGAGAUUGCACAAGCUACUAAGAAAUUCUCAGAAUGUCAGAUGGUAAUGAAUGUUCUCUGGACAAGAUUGACUGAAACUGGCCGGAACUGGAGAUUUGUUUACAAGUCAUUAGCAGUGAUAGAGUAUUUGGUGGCUAAUGGAUCUGAGCGAGCAGUAGAUGACAUAAUCGAGCAUACUUUUCAAAUCUCGGCCCUUUCCAGUUUUGAAUAUGUUGAGCCAAGUGGGAAGGAUAUGGGAAUCAAUGUGCGGAAGAAGGUGGAGAACAUAGUGGCUCUUUUAAAUAACAAAGACAAGAUACAAGAAGUAAGAGAUAAGGCCUCUGCGACCCGUGAUAAGUAUUUUGGACUUUCGUCAACUGGAAUAACAUACAAGUCUGGUUCAGCGGCAUUGGGUAGCAGUAGCUCUAGGGGUGGUGACCGGUAUGGAGGCUUCGGCAAUUCAAGAGAUGCUGAUGCAUUUAGUGACAGCUAUAAAGACAGGGACCGAUUUGGCGAAGAUAGUUUCCAGAAGAGUACUAGUAAGACACGCAGGGGAGCUACCGGUGACAAUUUUGAUAGUUCAUUGAAGAAGGGAACCUCUCAAGAGGGCAGGUUUCAAGGCACUUCUGCUGCAUCCAAGCAAGUGAAGAAUAAGAAUGAUAAUCAUGGGUCACCACCCUCACAAAGCUCCACUGCGCCUUCUAAUAAAUAUGAGGAUACUUUUGAUGAUUUUGAUCCUCGUGGAACCAGCUCUAAGCCUGCUGCUGUAAUCCCUAAUGAAGUGGAUUUGUUUGGACUCCUUGAUGCACCAGCAUCGGUUCCCACUGAAAAUCAUGGUGCGAGUAACACUUCAGCAGAUGUUGAUCUGUUUGCCGAUGCAGAUUUUGUUUCAGCACCAUCCAAUGUGGAUUCAGGGGCUAAUGUCGAUCUAUUUUCAUCCCAUCCUGCUUCUUCAACAGUAGACUUUUUUGCUGCUCCUGAUCCAGUGACAACAAAAGUAGAUAAACCCUUUGCCUCCCAACAUGAGGUCAAACCUUUACAGUCGGAGCAAAUGAACACCACAGCAGUUGAUCCAUUUGCUGCGGUCCCGCUAAACAAUUAUGACAGCUCAGAUUUCUUUGGUUCAUUUACUUCUCAGACUGAUUCAUCCCCUAAAGAGCCCGUUCAAAAAGGUUCUUCUGAUGUCAGUCCUAGCAGCAUAAGUGAUAAGACUCAACCUCCACCGAAGACUGGUGGGUUUCAAGUUAAAUCUGGAAUAUGGGCAGAUUCUUUAAGUCGUGGAUUGAUUGAUCUUAAUAUAAGUGCACCGAAGAAGGUAAAUUUAGCAGAUGUCGGCGUAGUGGGUGGCCUGACGGAAACAGAUGAUAAUGCCAAGGCAACGCAACCUUCUUACCACAUGGGCAGGGCUAUGGGUUCAGGGUCUGGUCUUGGUAUAUCUGGUUUCACAUCACCUAGUGGAGAUGACUUCUUCUCAAGUUCCAGUAGCCAAGAUUACCAAUUUGGUGGUUUCCAGAAGUAAUAUCCUUAAUUUGUUACCAAAAUAUAUUGUUAAAAUCACAAGUUUUAUGCCAUGAGUUGAUUUGUUAGUGUGUUGACUACUUUUGAGAAUGUUUUGUGAUGUGUAAUAUUGAUGCUGAUUAUUCAAAAGUUGCAAAAUCAAGUAUAAGUAAAGUUUUGGCAA